AUGGCCGCCGCACUUUGCAAUAACGCUGAGAGCUGGCACCUCGAUAUCGACCGGUACCUUAACCGCGUUAUACCCGCUUCACCAUUGCACAAGCUGCCCACGCCAGUGUCGAGGUUCCUGGGCUAUCGAAAAGUAGACGAGCAAGACGUCGGGAAUAUCUUGGGCGCAUUCUGGUCUUUAGUGGGAGCAUUCUGCGGACUAGCUGUGGUGAUAGGAGUGUUCAAUAACACCGAGAGCAUCCAACAGCAUGCGCCGCCUGCAAUGAUCGCGUCGUUUGGUGCGUCAGCUAUACUUGAGUACAAUGCAGUGCGCUCGCCUCUUGGGCAACCGCGUAAUGCCCUACUCGGCCACACCUUCUCUGCCAUCAUCGGCGUGAGCGUCUCGAAGCUCUUCCAAUACCACUCAGAGUACGAGAAGAUCAAGUGGAUAGCUGGCGCAAUAGGGUGUGCAUGUGCGUCUGCUGUGAUGCUACUAACUGGUACCGUUCACCCACCGGGCGGCGCGUCUGCUGUACUUGCGGCCACAGAGCCAGCCAUCACAGCCAUGGGCUGGUAUUUCGUGGGUCUUGUUGCAUGGGGAGCGACCUUGAUGGUCCUCAUCGGCCUUGUCAUCAACAAUAUCCAAAGACAGUUCCCUGUAUACUGGUGGACGCCGUUGGAUUUGAAAAGAGCGAGAAAACAAGACAUCGAGACUUUACCUAAUGCGAGAGGCGGACUAGAGCGGAGAAAGUCCGAGAAAGAGCAAAGGUACGAUCAACCUUUCGGGAAGAUCGAAAUAACAGGAGCUGGAGUCACCUUGCCUGAGGCCUUGAGCCUUAACAAGGACGAGGCGGAGUUACUAGAGAGGCUACGGGUGAGAUUGAGUGGGAAAGUAGACACAGAGCGGGGGACCAAAGAUCUUGACGAGAUGGAGCCGAGCAGUGGGAAGAGCAAGGUAGUUCUGCGGUUCACCGUUGUUGGCUACGAUUAA